AUGGGCUAUUAUCCUACUGAACUUGUUCAUAAAUCUUUAUACGAAUAUGUUCCUCCUUCGGAUGGUGAAAGAUUACAAAAACUAGUUGAUUCUCUACUGGAAAAUGCUCAUAGGUAUCACCAUACCCUUCAGCCUUCUCAUCAAUAUUCUUAUCAAGCUCCUUCUUUUGAUCCUCCUGUUACAACCGAUGAUCCGGGUUUUUUUCAAAUAAGUCCUGAACAAUUACAAUAUCCUGCUUAUGGUGGGACCCUUAUCGAAGCCGCUGAUAUGAUCCAUUUAAAACAAAGAAAUGGUCAAUAUGAUUUAUAUAAUGUCAAAACUUACCUUGGUGGUGGUCUUGGUGCUGAUUUAACAAGGAAAGAAACUUGGUCCAAAUUAUACAUCGUGGCUUUUUUCACCAGAGUCAAAACUGGUUCUUGCGUACAGAAUGAUUGUAACCUUUACGCUCAAUCUAGAAUUAAUGGUAUUAAUGGUCAAAAUGUUAAUUGUUUUUCGACCGUGAACACUUCUUCUGCCAUUACAACAAUUGAUCCGGCUCUACUUUCGAUGUCUCCUCAUUCAUCGAAUGAUGCUUCAAAUAUAGGUACAGGAAAAUUUG